AUGAAUGGGAAUGGGCAGUUGCACGGCGCUGUGCGCUCGCCGUGUGCCGAGUACAACAGCCCUGCGCGCGAACAUGACCAUGGCCAUGAGAGAUCGGGCUCCAACGAUUCCACAUACACACUGAAACCCUUCUUGAAUGGAAGAUCAAAAGGGCGACAAAGAGGGGAAUCAGAUCUGGGCCGCUCACCGGCGAGGAAGGCACCCGCAGCUGGAGGAUAUGCCUUCUCACCAGUGUCACCUAUACAAGAGUCUCCAGCGCAUCUGCCCCCGCCUCCGGUUUCUUCGUCGUGGCUAGAACUUCCCGAGGCCCUGACCGCGCUCCUCAUACCUCUACCGUAUAUCUUCGCCUCGUUGGCAUACCCUAGCGGCGUGGGACAGGCAUCGAAGCUGCCCUCGACUCUAUCAGAAGCUGUGUCAGACCGCACACCCGAACUCGAACCUGCCACAGCAACAAGCGACUUCCCACUACUACAUGCGCUCGCUCUCUCAUCAGCGACCUUGUUGCUGGUUGGCGUGGCAGCCAAGGUCAACUCCAGUCUACAGCCACUUGACAGGCGGAAAGAAGACAAGGGCACAUUCAACAUCAGCAAUGCGCCGAAACGCGUGGCAAGCAACAUGGUCAGCGUAUUACUGCCCUUCUACGCGUCCCUACACCUAGGAGGAGCGAAGACGGCAUUGGUUAUAUUGGUGGCAGUUGCCGCUGGACUUGGUGCCUUCGACCAGAAACCAGGGAAGCACACCCCUUGGGACGAUAUCCGGCGGACAUUGAGGACCAGAAAAGUGACAUGCGGGGCCCUUUUCUUAAGCAUGGCUGCAGAUGUGGUGACCUCUGCUAACGUCACAGACAGCCUGAUCGGCUACAUGGCGCUUCUAGUGUCGCUCCUCCUAGUCCCUCCGCCUCUUCCCACAGCAGGCUGGUCAUUGAUGACCGGACCACAGAGCCAGGACUCAUACAUGACUCAAAAGCCGUCUCGCGCAUCGCUGCCGAAGCCUUCAUCAGCCUUGGUGAGCAACACCGAGAACCAGCUACUCACCAUUGUGUCCGGCCUUGUCCUCACUGUUACGACUAUUCUGUAUUCACUCGUUUCUUCCGCAACCCCCUCUUUGUCGCACCACAGCCUGGCAUUCUCAACCCUAUCAGUUGCAUCUACGACGGCGCUUGUAUUUCUAUCACUACCAGCAUCUUUACGGAGCCAAAAACAAGUCGGAUUUAGAUUGAGCGGCAUCUUCAUAUUCGCCUUGAGUUUCUUGGAACACAACGGAGUUGGUCAUCUCAAGAUUGUAUUCCCUUGGGUUUGCGCUAUGAUGAUUGGAGCGGUCGGCUUUGACACUCGUUCGCCCGUGCCACAUGUGCACGAUCAUGGGCAUGCGGGCCAUAAGCAUUCGCAUGGUCAUGACCAUGGGCAUAGUCAUGGUCAUCAUCUACAUGGAAAUCACUCCAGAAUCUCUGCGUUCCUCAUCGCCCGCACUACUCCAGGCUCCAUUAUACACAGUGUGUUGAUCGAGCGGGACUCGCGACGCAUUGCAUACUUUGGUGUACUCAAUCUUUCCUUCAUGAUGGUCCAGUUCUUCUACGGCUUUGUCAGUGGGUCAUUGGGAUUGCUCACGGAUAGUAUCCACAUGCUCUUCGACUGCGCUGGUCUCGCUGUGGGACUGGUAGCGGCAGUGAUGAGCAAGUGGCGCCCCAACGCUCGCUUUCCAUAUGGCUAUGGCAAGGUCGAUACACUGUCUGGUUUUGCAAAUGGCGUUUUUCUUUUGCUCGUCAGUGUAGAGAUCAUCUUCGAUGCCUUCGAACGCCUCUGGGAAGGUCACGAGCUCCAGCGUCUAAACGAGCUUCUGGUUGUCAGUAUUCUUGGUUUCAUCGUUAACAUCGUCGGCCUUGUAGCCUUCGGCCACGCGCAUCACGGCCAUGGUCAUGACCACGGGCACGAAGGACACGAUCAUGGACAUGGACAUUCUCACGACAACGAAAACAUGCAGGGUAUCUUUCUGCAUAUCCUCGCCGACGCACUCGGCUCUGUUGCAGUCAUCAUUUCAACACUUCUUACAAAGUACUAUGGUUGGUCUGGAUGGGACCCCAUCGCAUCUAGCAUCAUUGCAAUCCUGAUCUUCCUGUCAGCCAUUCCGCUUGUCAAGUCGAGUGGCGCAAGACUUAUGCUGAGUCUGCCAAACGACGUUGAGUACGGCAUCAGAAAUACUCUUGGAGAGUUGGGCACACUAAGAGGCGUGGUCGGAUAUGCAGUGCCCAAGUUCUGGCUAGAAGAUGAGGGCGCUGCUCAUGCGGAAGCACAUGCUCACGAACAUGCGAAAGAGGACCACGACUGUGGAGGUGGACACAAGCAUGAUGACCAUCCUCACGAUCACCACGAACAUGACCACUCUCACUCCCACGAUCAUGGCCACGGCCACAGCCACAGUCACAGUCACUCGCACAAUCACUCUCACGACCACGGACAUUCGCAUUCACACUCCCAUGACCAUCACGACCACGAUCACGAUCAUGCGCCUAAACAACGUCGCAUUCUCGGCGCAAUUCACAUCAUUGCUUCCCGCGCGGCAGAUCUGGAAGACGUACGGGACCGUUCACAUCAGUUCCUGAAGGAUCGGAACAUGGAUCUAGUGAUUCAUGUGGAGAGGGAAGGCGAGGGCCGCUGUUGGUGUGGAGGUGGAGGUGAAUACAAGAUCAACUGA